ACACCAUCACGUGACAUUCACGUGAAAAGCCUCCACCUAUGAAUCUCAAUCUUUCACGGUCAAUUCACCAGUUUUACCUCUUUUAAUCAAGUUAGUUUGAAAGUUGAAUGUAAAUGCUUCUACCCAAGGUUUUGUUAGGAAUUGGGCUUAUCAUGCGUUGAUCCGCUCUUGCGUGGUAAGCGACAACUAAUAACGCUACUUGUCUAACUCAACCACUCAACCUACACCACCAACUACUAAUGCGCCAACGCGACGGUAUUGUUCGGAUUCCGUUGUAUCGCCCAAUGUUUAUAAUCUAGGCAUCUAGGAGUAGAUUAGAGGGUGAACCAUGGAUUUGGAAAUGGAAAAGGAGAAGGAAAAGGUGGAAGUCGCCGAUGCUGACAAUGCCGGCAUUGUCGACGAUGCCACGAAACUGGCAGCGCCGGCAACUGCAACAUCACCUCGACCCCCAGAAGCAGCGCAGCCAGCUCAAACAGCAGCCCCUAGAGCACCAAGUCCUGCACCAAGUACUGCUAGCUCUACUGGUCGUCCACCUUAUGUACCGCAGUUCUCGGCAGCAACACAGAUGAUCCUCAAGCGGAUAAAUUCCAAACCUGGAAGUCUUUCCUCAGCACUUUCAUCUGCGUCCUCAACAUUCCCCAGGAAUAUCAUUAAGGAUUCCGCUUUCGAGGAUACUAAGAGACGUCUUGUUAAGACCAUGAACACUUCUCUAACCAUGCCUAUGCCCACUCUUCCUUCCAAACAAACUCCCUCUUCUUCAACUGCGAAGAAGUCAUCGGCUGGCAAUACCAUGCCGCUACCUAUGAACGACGCCUUUCAGCUAAGGACGCCAGCGCCAGCUAAGUACGGGUCUUCAACCAAAGAGGCACCUCGAAGCCAAAAAGCACCUGUUCAGAAAACAAAGGGUAAACCGCAGCGUGGAACCAAGCGCAAACGUGGUAAGAACGAUGACGACGAAGACGAAGACGAAGGUACAUCCUCAAGCCUGAGCGAUUUAUCUGAUAUCGAAAGCCAUACCAGCGCUGCCGCUGCCGCAAAUACUGCCAAGGAGAACCAAGCAACGCCUACUAUGACAAAGUCCGGCCGCCAGGUGCAGAAGCCGGCGCAAUACAACCCCUCGCAGCAGUCGGCUCGCGACGCUACCACUCAGAAGCGCAAGAACUACGGCAAGCGCACGGCAGAGCAGGCCCUAUGCAAAGUGUGUACUCGAGGGCUCAGUGUGCCCGCCAACCAGAUCGUCUUCUGCGACGGUUGCAACCUCUGCUGGCACCAGAUGUGCCACGACCCGUACAUUGACGACGAGUUCGUCAGUAACGAGUCUCGCUCAUGGUUCUGCGGCCGCUGCAUGGCGAAGCGCGAGAAACAUUUGGCUCGCAAGAAGAACCUAGAUAGCUUCAAAGGCACUAGUUGGGCUGGCAAGACCAAUGAACAGAAACGGACGUACCUUUCCGGUGUCCCUCACGCGCAGCUCGUCAACAUCAUCAUGUAUAGCACAGAGCUUCAUCCGGACCUACCCAUCUUCCCCCCCGAGACUAAACGUGGCGCUACUCAGGCGGGGCGCUCGUCUCACGAGAGCCUACGAGGCAAGACAGAGUCCAACAUCAACGUCGGCCCAAACCACUACUCCAGCAAAGUAUCAACACCCGAUUCGCACACGGUGAAUGUGAAAACGAGAGUCAAUAAGGGUGUCACCGGCGCUGAGAACCAAGACCAGAUAGCCAGAGAGGACUCUGCAGAUUCUGUACCCCCAGCUUGGCCUAAAGUCGGACGUGGCUGCCUGGCCGGUUUGGAGAUUAACGAAGAUGACCUACGCGACGACAACGAUUACGAAGCCUUUAGCGUUACGACGUACGACUCUAAGGGCAAGAAGAUUCUGGAGAACGGCAUGCCGAUCUAAAUUGGUAGCGGCCAAGUCGGGUCCUAAGACAAAGCUUUAGAGAUAAAACCAAAGAGAAGAUGGCGAGACUUUUGCUAGGGUGAAUCCCUAAACCUGGAGGAGUUCCAACUUAAGGAGCUUGAUGUAGAAAAUAAUACAUCUCGUCCGAGCGUAUACAGGAAGCAACUAUGUUGUAAUUGUGCU